AUGCCUGACUGCUUGAUCCUUUGUUUCACAGGAAGGGACAAUCUACAGAUCACUGUCACCCCAACCCCGGUGUCAUUUCCUCAUGGGAAAUUGUUACCGAUUUCACCAACAUGGCCUUUGUCCGAAGUCCAGUCUUCCUCAGCGGUGGACAGAAUGAAGCCUGUGCCGGGACGGUCCCCUGACAACACGAGCUGGCCACAGUCUGCCCAGACGCCUCCACCCAAGACACAGCGCCAAGCUCGGGCCCACAGGGACUUCUCUCCUUCCCCUUACCAAGGCAGUGGACAUAGCACCUCCCUCGAGCCUUCCAAGGAUUCUACGGAGGCCCUGGUCCAACCAAGACCUCCAGGGGGAAAAGAAGCAGCCACCGUGUCAGUGGACUCCUCGGUGUCGCCCAAGGCAGAACCAACAACAGCAACCAUGUUGUUUCUUCGGAAACCGAGUCCACUGGUGCUGUCUGCAGCCCUGGUUGCUAAGGGCGCCGGCAGCAGCCCUUCGGCCGUGGCCUCGGGAUUAGUCAAGAGCAGCUGGACCACUGCUGUAGCUAAAAACGUCACAAGCAACGCAGCAUCUGGCCCAAAGGCGACACCAGGGGCAGCCCAUCCAGCCUUCUCGUUCACGCCGACUUACAUGUUUGCAAGAACAGCACACACCGUGAGCACUCCCAUGGCCAUGCAAGGGAACACGGGCACUGCCUCUGGCCUGUUGUCCACAACACACCUCCCCAGGAAACCACAAGCCAUGUACACGGGCUUCCUGAACCCCACCAACCCAGACAUGCCCAAGGUGUCCACCGCACGCCCGCUGACAAUCACGGCAGCCUUGACGUCCAUCACUGCACCAGUAAGGGCCACCCGGUUGCCGCCUUUGUCAGCAGAAAACACAGACGUCGCUCUUCCCUCUGUGUCCAUGGCCAUGGUCACAACUGGCAAAAUGGCAUCCAACCUGGAGUGUCAGAUGUCCAGUAAGCUCCUGGUGAAGACAGUUCUCUUUCUGACCCAAAGGAGGGUGCAGAUCAGUGAAGCCUUGAAGUUUAAUGUAGCCAGAGGGCUCACACAGGCAUUGCGGAAGGCAUUUCACCAGAAUGACGUCUUGGCUCAUGUGGACAUGCUGGAACAUUCUCACAACGUCACUGUUGGUUAUUAUGCUACCAAAGGGAGGCUGGUCUACUUGCCUGCUGCAGUGAUUGAAACGCUGGGCGUUUAUGGGAUCAGCAAUGUCACUGCAGAUCUGAAGCAACACAUCCCAGCCUUGCAGUCUGUGGCAGUACUUGCCUCCCCGUGGACUCCCCAGCCUGCAGGCUACUUGCAGCUGAAAACAGUGCUACAGUUUGUGAGCCAGUCGGACAACAUACGGUCCUGCAAGUUUGCUCAGACGAUGGAACACAGGCUACAGAGGGCCUUCCAGGACGCCCAGAGGAAAGUUCUGAAUACUAAAAGCAACCUGACGAUUCAGAUGGUGAGCACGUCCAACGCCUCCCAGACAGUCACCUUGGUGUACGUGGUGGGCAACCGAAGCUCCUUCCUCAACGGCACCGUGGCCAGCAGCCUCCUCCGCCAGCUCUCCGCUGAGCUGGUGGGGUUCUACCUCACCUACCCGCCGCUCACCAUCGCCGAACCGCUGGAAUACCCCAACCUUGAUAUAUCAGAAACAACCAGAGACUACUGGGUAAUUACAGUGCUGCAGGGCGUGGACAGUUCCCUGGUGGGCCUGCACAACCAAAGCUUCGCCCGGGUCAUGGAGCAGCGCCUGGCCCAGCUGUUCAUGAUGUCCCAGCAACAAGGCCGGCGGUUUAAACGGGCCACCACCCUGGGAAGCUACACCGUGCAGAUGGUAAAGAUGCAGCGGGUGCCAGGACCCAAGGACCCCGCGGAGCUGACUUACUACACCCUGUACAAUGGGAAGCCUUUGCUGGGGACUGCAGCUGCCAAGAUCCUGAGCACCAUUGACUCCCAAAGGAUGGCCUUGACCCUGCAUCACGUUGUCCUUCUGCAAGCUGACCCCGUGGUGAAGAACCCGCCCAACAACCUGUGGAUCAUCGCCGCGGUGCUGGCGCCCAUUGCCGUGGUCACGGUCAUCAUUAUCAUCAUCACUGCCGUGCUCUGCCGGAAGAACAAGAACGACUUCAAGCCAGACACCAUGAUGAACCUGCCCCAGAGAGCAAAGCCUGUGCAGGGCUUUGAUUAUGCCAAGCAGCACCUGGGCCAGCAAGGGGUGGACGAAGAGGUCAUCCCCGUGACUCAGGAAACGGUGGUCCUCCCACUGCCCGUUAGAGAUGUUCCUGCCUCUCAGGAAAGGGAUGCCCCUCAGGAUGGAAGUACUAUCAAGACGGCCAAAUCCAUCGAAACCAGAAAGAGCAGGUCGCCCAGUGAGAAUGGCUCUGUCAUCAGCAACGAAUCAGGGAAGCCCAGCUCGGGGAGGCGCUCACCCCAGAAUGUAAUGGCACAGCAGAAAGUGACAAAGGAGGAGGCAUGGAAGAGAAAUGUGCCGGCAAGCGACGAAGAGGAAGGAGCCGUCCUCUUUGACAGCUCUGGCAAGGCGGCUGCUGAUCCCUUUGACACGUCUUCUGGGUCUGUGCAGCUCAUCGGAAUAAAACCCACAGCCCUGCCCGUGGUGCACCCCACCUCGGACAGGAGCCAGGAGCCGGUCGUACUCAACGGCGAGGUGAACAAAGCCCUGAAGCAGAAGUCAGACAUCGAGCAUUAUCGGAACAAGCUGCGCCUCAAAGCCAAGAGGAAGGGCUACUACGACUUCCCUCCGGUGGAGGCGGGCAAGGCUCAGAUGGAAAGAAAAAAGAUGUAUGAAAAAGCCCCAAAGGAAAUCGAGCACGUUUUGGAUCCAGACCCAGAAAUGUGUGCCCCAUUCACUGAGGCUAAAAACAGGCAACAGAUGAAGAACUCUGUCUACCGGAGUCGGCAAUCUCUGAACAGCCCGAGUCCGGGGGAGACGGAGAUGGACCUUCUGGUGACUCGGGAGCGACCUCGGCGUGGAAUCCGUAACAGCGGAUACGAUACUGAGCCUGAAAUCAUAGAGGAAACCAACAUUGACAGAGUGAAUGAGCCCCGGGGCUACGCCCGGUCGAGGCAGGUGAAAGGCCACUCGGAGACCUCCACGCUGAGCUCGCAGCCCUCCAUCGACGAGGUCCGGCAACAGAUGCACAUGCUACUGGAGGAGGCCUUCAGCCUGGCGUCCGCAGGACACGCAGGCCAGAGCCGGCACCCAGAGGCCUAUGGCUCCGCCCAGCACCUGCCCUACUCCGAGGUGGUGACCAGUGCUCCUGGGACCAUGACGCGGCCCAGGGCUGGGGUGCAGUGGGUGCCGACCUACCGCCCAGAAAUGUACCAGUACAGUCUGCCCCGGCCGGCCUACAGGUUUUCCCAGCUUCCUGAAAUGGUCAUGGGCUCUCCCCCUCCACCUGUGCCUCCGCGGACUGGCCCAGUGGCUGUCGCUUCUCUCAGGCGGUCCACCUCGGAUAUUGGGAGCAAGACCAGGAUGGCCGAGUCCGCGGGGCCUGAGCCCGCCCAGCUGCACGACAGCGCCUCCUUCGCGCAGGUGUCCCGAGGCCCUGUGUCUGUGGCGCAGUUGGAUCAGUCGGCUUUAAAUUACUCAGGUAAUACGGUGCCGGCAGUGUUUGCCAUUCCAGCUGCCAGCAGACCCGGCUUCACCGGCUACUUCAUCCCGACGCCUCCCUCGUCCUACAGGAACCAGGCCUGGAUGUCUUAUGCAGGAGAGAAUGAGCUCCCGAGCCAGUGGGCUGAUUCGGUCCCCCUCCCGGGGUACAUCGAGGCUUACCCCCGGUCCCGGUAUCAGCAGAGCUCGCCCUCCAGGCUCCCUCGCCAGUACAGCCAGCCAGCCGGGCUGCACCCCAGCUUGGAGCAGGCCCCGCUGCCCUCCGCAGCAGCCUCACAGCAGAGCCUGGCGGAGAACGACCCGUCCGACACGCCCCUGACCAACAUCUCCACAGCGGCCCUGGUGAAGGCCAUCCGGGAAGAGGUGGCCAAGCUGGCCAAGAAGCAGACGGACAUGUUUGAGUUCCAGGUCUAA